AUGGUCCCAGAUGCAUCACGGUUUCUCGCCCAGUCCCAGUCGAGAUUUUCGAACUUUGCCGGCCAACAGCAAACCUCGGACCCCAGUGAACACGACCGCAGUAAUUCUAUCCAACGCGACUGGACAUCCCGCCGCGACCGAGCCUCCAAUAGAUCCUACCUUGCCGCCCGAGGGAACCCUUAUCAGCAGACCGGCACAGGUUCACGUUUCGGCAAUCUCGCAUUCGCCUCGCGAAUAUCGGCCGCACAAGAUGCACCCUUAUUUCACAGCACAGUCGAUGAGUUCCACGAGGACGAUGAGCAGGAGCGGGAUCGAGAAACGGCCGACAUGUAUGCGCUCCAGCGAUCCCGGAGAGUUGCGGCGGCCAGCCAACUUGCACAGAGCGUUGAGUCGGCCGAGGAUAGUCGAGGCUCUCUAGACGCGAGUGCAGAGGAUGAUCAUCCCUAUUCCAGUCGAGCUGGGCGAGGCAUCAAGAGUAGCUGGAACGGGACGAGGAGCACCCACAGGCCCGGGAUGGGCAAGGAUGCUGUCUUAGAAGAGGAGGACGAGGAAGUCGACCAGCUCCGGGCGCAUGGUGAUGAGUCCCGAGAGAACAGUCUGGACAGCAAGGGCAAGAUGGUCGAUGUUGGGCUAGAGUCUCAAAUCGAGGUCGACGACGACCCGCCGGAAUCGCUGUUCGGAGCACCAACGGAAGAAAGCCCGCCAGCCUUUCAAAAGUUCAAGGGAGAUGCGGAACGCGCGCCAUUCUUGCACAGGACGGAAGAUGACGAGCGAAGCGCCGUAUCGAGGCUGUCCGCAGACGACGAACAACCCAUGAACCCGCAGACAAAUGCCACUCCCGAGGGCGAGGUCUUCCACCACGACCCCUUCUUCGCCUGGAUCUUCUUGAUCGCACUCGCCUCCAUGUUUUCGACGUUUGUGUUGGUCUGGCUCAACACGUCGCCUACGAAAAGCCCAGUCGGCGAUACCAUCUACACGACCCUGCAAAGGUCUUUCAACAUGCUUGCGGUGGAUACAGUUGUGUCGAUAAUGGUAUCCUUUUUGUGGCUGGCCGCCCUGCGCUCAUUUGUGCGGCCGCUGGUCAACAUGAUUAUCAUUGCGGUGCCGGUUAUUCUGUUAUCGUUCUCCCUAUACUCAUUCGUAUCUUCGUUUAAAGGGCGGACACAUGGUGCCAGCUUCCAGGAUCUCCUGAUGCGCUGGCUGUCGCUAGCGCCAGCGGCAGGCUGCGUGCUGUGGCUAUACCUGGUGGUGAGGGGUCGGCAGGCCAUCCAGCAAGCGAUAGAGAUCCUGCAAUUCUCCGGCAAAAUCUUGGCCCAAAACUCUGGACUCCUCGCGGUGGGCUUUGGGUGUCUGGCCCUCAUCGUUCUGUGGACUUGGGCGUGGCUGGGCAUGUUCACGCGAGUCUUCAUGGGCGGCUAUUUUUCCAAGAGUCUUGUUCGCUUCGUGAUCCGGUUCUCGAGCUGGUGGCUGGGCGCAGCCUUUAUUUUCAUGUACAUGUGGACGAUCUCGGUGAUCAAUUCUGUCCACCGGGCCGUCACGGCGGCCACUGUUUCUCAGUGGUACUUUCACCGCAACGCAGGUCCGGCUACGCCUUCGCGGGAGAUUGUGGGAGCAGCCAUGGUCCAUGCGGUGACAACCAUCUUCGGUAGCAUCUGCGAGUCUACGCUGUUGGCGCUGCUCAUCCGCGCGCCACUGAUCUUUCUGCCCAGAAGGCUUGGGGGUCUGAUCACGAACAUGGCUUCAUUCUGGGUACCUACGCCCAUCAUUGCGCUAACUAAUCCGUUGACCGUCACUUAUGGUGCGAUUCACUCGCAUAACCUGUCCAAGUCGGCUCGUGGCCUCGAACAGAUGGAAGUCAUCUCUCCCGCCAUCCCCACGACGACACUCACGCCACGCGCACUGGCCAUUGGACGGUCAAACGGGCUCUUGCCGUACCGGCUGGCAAAGUUACUCCUCGUCGCAACCCGCUUGAUCAUGGCAACGGCUCUCGGCUUUGCAGGCUGGGUCAUCACUGCCAAGCAGCUCCGUAUCGAGAUGCCCGAAGGUACCGGCAUCCGAGGCUCAGCGUACGCUUACGUCGUGGGCAUCAUGGCCAGUUUCAUCGGUUACUCGAUCCUCGGUGCUAUGGAGGGGAUCCUCAGUGGGAUCGUGGACGCGGUGCUGAUCUGCUACGGGAGUGAGAGGCGGAUGGAUCGGGGACACGGACGAUUCUGCUUGGAGGCAGCAUAUUUGUUCGGAGAGAGGCGUCCUGGAGAGGUGAUGGGAUAUGCAUGA